AUGUCAGAUUUCAGGUCACAUCGGAUGCCUCCUGCGCUUCAGCCACCGACCAACAUGUCGCCAUCGCAAGCCACCGCAGUUUCAGUAGGCAGAUCUGAUAGUUACUCAGGCUAUGCACUUCACCGCGGAACAUUCCCACCACUGUCUGCCUUGCCCGAAAUGGGCAGGCUCCCUCCGUAUACCACAACCCCAAGAGUCCUCGAUGGGUCCGUCGAACGCUCGCUCUUCGGGCAGUCGGCGAACCUACUAAUGGAUCCAGUCCAACGUUUAGCGCAGCCGAUGGCAGAUGCGCCUCCAUUUCAUGAGACGAACGUCAUUCACCCCAUUAUCUCUGGCAGUCAAUCGAUUAGACCUGAGAUACAGGCGAAGAUCCACAAAGGAUUCUUCCAAGUGGACGAGAAAUGGACCUGCUAUCGCCGUAACUACUUUUCGGUCUCAUGUUCAUUUUCCUUGUGCCCGAUGCCGCACGGCCCGCUCUACUUGAAGUUCUCGGAGCAAUCAACGGCGGAGCGCAUUCUGUCAUUCUCCAUGUCUAUCUCGGCAAUAGUCAACGCACAAUGCGGGGAGCCGCGAGAGCUGGUACAGCACACUCCGAAGCGAGACAAACAGUCGGAAAGAAAACCAGGCAAGAUCGUGCUUCAGCCAUGCCAAACUUCUCCGCUAGCCUUAAGCCAUGCUGGGGCAUCCAGCAGCAGUCCCCACGGCUACUCACUGACAUCACAAUCGGCCGGAAUACCCAUGGAGUAUGCCUCCACGUACACUGGGGCCCCACAGCCGUCACAGCCCCCAACCCAACACACUUUUGAACGCAUUCAGUUUCAGAAAGCAACGGCAAACAACGGCAAGCGACGGGCUCAACAGCAAUAUUACAAUCUGGUGGUAGAGCUAUAUGCACAGGUAUCGCAUCCGGUGGGCGGAACUGAGACUCAAUGGUACAAGAUUGCUCGACGGCUUUCACAUCCAAUGGUCGUCCGCGGUCGCUCUCCAGGUCAUUACAAAGAUGGCCGACGGGAUAGCUCAACGAGCAUGGGUCCAGACGGAGGAAGUGGUGGCUCGGGCGACGGCACCGGAGGGGCUGUCCUACCCCCGGGCAUUGGACAGGCUGCACGGUCUCACUUGACCUUGAUGCCGUACGACUCUUCACACCGUAGCGGUCCGCAUUACGCUAGACCAGACUACCAUCAAAUGACAGCGGCCGACCAGUCACCGCUCAGUGAGAGCCCGCAUAUAUCGUCAUCUUCGUCAUCAGCGUUUGACCUGGGGCUCAUCACGGACACGAUGGAUCCCAUGGAUUCGAUGAAAAGUACCUCCAGUAUGGAUUCUUACCAAGACCCUGGUUUCAAUGUCCUGAAUAAUCGAAAGCCCAGCAGCCAGUAUCGUCACCAUUUGCCGUCCUUUGAUUAUGACUCUAUCACUAAGAACAGCGAUGAAUCUGCUAACGGAUAUACGGAGACCUAUGACCCGAUGGUCUCGUUCGUGUCGAACGACCAGCAUGAUUCGCCGCAUUAUAUGAAACACUCAUCACGCAUAGCCCCAAAUCUCUUCCACCUUUCUACAAGCAGUGGGUAUGAUCCCAUAUACUCGACUCGCGGCAGCGAUGGCAGUUCGUAUGGUCGCUUCCCAAAUUCUCAGAGUCUGUGCGCUUAA